CGUAAAGUAUUCAAUAUUUUAGCUGAAUCAUCUGCUUAUUAAAUCUAUAUUAUUAUCUUGAACCACAGGCUUAACUAUUAUCAAAAUUAAAGAUAAUUUAUUUGAAUAAAAUAUAGAAAUACAGUUGUACAACCUGGGUGGUUAACAAUAUUAAAAAAAACCAGCCAUAAAUAAUUUAGACAAUAUUUUCACAAUCUCUACGGAAAGAAAGGCGGCUGGCACCCACGAUGGUUUUCUUCACGAAGCUUUCACUAAAUAAAUGUGUCCAUUAUCAUAGCCGCUUAUUACGACAUCCACGAAAAAGGAAUGAAAUGGUCCUAUUCAAAAGUGAAGUAAGUUGGAAUAGGACACACACCGCCCCCAACAAAAAUCUUUAUUUUUAAUAUAUUUUUUAUAGUAAUAUAUAUUACAGUCCGCUUUGCUACGGGGUUUCUGGCAACCGGCGACCCAAAUAUCGCGUUUGAUCGUAAACCGCGAUCUGAGAUUCCGGCCGGAGCCCGAUAUAUCUGGCAGUCUCGCGCCCGUCACCAGCGGUCUAAAUACUGGAAACGUAAACAUUCGCCUCUCAACUCAUAUCACCAUGUAUAUUUGCCGAAAUAAUGUAGAAUUUAAGUUUUAUAUCUGCGGAUUACCGCGGGAUUACGCCGGAUUGGAGUGAUAAAUUAUAGUUUGCGUGUAGUGGAAAUCUGUGAAGUGUAAUUUGUCGUGUUUGUGGAAGAUUGUUUUUUUUUACGGUGGAGAUGAGUUAAUUUAUGUGUUAAAUAUUUUUCUUAUUUACUUAAUCUAUCUUUUUAUUGUACUUUUAGUUUGUACGUUAGAUGCUAAGUAUGGUUUAUUUUCUUUUCUUAGUCUUAUAACGUUAGCCACAGGUAUUCAAUUAUUGUAUACAUUAACAAAAUCAAAAGUUUAAAUGAUGAAUUUCAAAUUAUGGCUGGAAGGAAAUUAGAUCAAAAGAUUUGACAUUAACCUAUGUUGCACCACUCUAGUUAAUCUUUAGUUAGAUCUACAAAUGACUCGGUCAUUUUAAUCAUAACUGUGACUGACCACACCUGACCACCAACUGUAGCCGGUGACCAUUCGCGACUGACCAGUCAGUGACCACGUUGCAAUGUCUCGUCGUGAGCGCGACAGGCCCGUGGUGGAGUACCCAGUAGCACCUCUAGCGCCUCCCAGCAAAUGUGCUAAGGUGCUGUACUACACGUGGAAGCUGUGCUCGGUGGUGUUCUCCCACUUCGUGAUGAUCAGCCUGGUGGUGGCCUACUGCAUUCUGGGAGCCGUCACCUUUGAGAAGUUGGAAGCGCAACAUGAAAGAGAGGUGAAGAUGAACAUAUCUCAGAUCCGCAGCAACACGACGCAGAGCAUCUGGCUGAUGACGCGGAACGUGCCGCUCCUCAACCAGACCAACUGGACCUCGGAGGUCGUCGACAUGCUCAAGGACUUCGAGAAUUCCAUCCUGCUGGAAAUGAAGGUGCGCGGCUGGGACGGCAACGAGAGCACCGACCGCAUCCAGUGGACCUUCACCGGCGCGCUGUUCUACUCCAUCAUCGUCAUCACCACCAUCGGCUAUGGACACAUUGCACCAAAGACACAAACCGGCAAAGUGGUGACAAUUUUCUACGCAAUUCUGGGCAUCCCGCUCAUGCUGCUGUGUUUGUCCAACAUCGGUGACGUCAUGGCGUCUUCUUUCAGAUUCCUGUACUGGCGCGUGUGUUGCUACGUGUGCACGCGGCCGCCCAAAAAGCGCCACCGACACCACCACGCCUCCGCGAGGCGUUCGGUGCGCGCGGGCAGCGGCCGCGGGUCGACCCGGCGCAGACGUCCUAUGGAAAGGGCACACUCCGACACUGACUGCAGAUACCGUGACAGCGGCUACAGCAGCAGCCGAGCCCGCCGCCCGCGCCCGCUCGCCGCGCCGCCGCCCGCCCCGCCGCACGCGCCGCGCACGCACUCACAACCGCCUGUCUACAAUAGAGGUAUGAGAGAGUACGAAGACGACCUUCCCGCCAGGAGCGACAGGCUCCCCCCACGGGACUGUGAUGAAGAUGAAGAUUACUUCCCGAAAAUCUCUCUCCCGCUGCAGGACCUGGAAGCGGCCUUGAAAGACCUGGAAGACCACCACGUCAAGAGGUCUUCGAAGGCGGACCUUCGCAGCAAGUCUCUGCCGCGCCCGCCCAAGGCCAGGCCCGACUUCGGUUCACGAAGAUAUUUGGACGAUCAAAGGAACUACGACAUAGAUGAGAGUCAAAAGAUGUUCGAAAUGCACGACCUCCACGACGUGGACUACGAGAACUACAGAGAGAGGCAGGCUUUGGAGGAGAGAGAGAGACGGAGGGAGGAGAGGGAGGAGCAGGCGUUGCGGGACCGCGGGUACGACCCCGAGGACGAGGACUACGAGCUCGACAGCCCCCGGGGCAGGCGCGACCGGCUUGGCUAUACAAAUAACCGCGGCCGUUCGGAGUACUACGAGCGUGAUCCAGACGAGUUGGACUACGAGCGAGGGCGAACGCGGCGCGCGCGCAGCGCCGUGUACGAGGGCGAACGGCGCGGGGGCUCCACACGGCGCCCGCUCAGGAGGCUGCAGACUGUGGACGACAGCCGGCAGAACAGAUAUUAUACGCCGUCCCCGGAGAGAGACGAGUGGAGCGACGAGGUGGCGACGAUGCCGCGCAGGAGUCGCCCGCCAGCCGCGUGGGGCUCCCGUCAGUCGGAGAUAUACCCACUGCCUGCGGAACCGGCUUACAAAGAAGAGAUAAAGCCGGUGCCGAUCUGGCUGUGCGUGUUCCUGGUGGCGUCCUACAUCGUGGCCGGCACGUUCCUGUUCAAGCGCUGGGAGGGCUGGGCCUACCUGGACGCGGCCUACUUCUGCUUCAUAACCUUGACCACCAUCGGCUUCGGGGACUUUGUGCCUGCGCAGGGCCAGAGCCUUGAAGACCCUGCCGCGGCAGUACACUCCAUCGCCCUCUGCUCGCUGUACCUUCUCUUUGGGAUCGCCCUGCUGGCCAUGUCCUUCAACCUGGUGCAGGAGGAAGUCCGCGCCAACGUGGCGGCGCUGGCCACCAAGCUCGGCAUCAUCAAGCCCAGGGACCAGGACUCCGACUCCGAGUACUGAUCCCUGCUGGACUUCCACCUGGUGCCGGAGGUCCUCAACUUCGUGAAUUCUUCGGGAAUUAAUCUUACUCCGUUUCUUCCUUAUAUCUUUCUUAUAAAAUCUUUGCUUGUGUAGAAGAAAAUAGCUCUCUAAGUAAAAUUUCAGUAUUAAAUCAUAUAAGCCUUAUCUACAAAUGAUGGGCUUAAAGAUAUUGCUUCGUAAAUAUAAAUAAUAAUGAA